AUGUGGAGAAAGAAGAGCUACACCACAGUGGUAGCUCUUUGGAGGACACCCCAGAAGAGUCCCUCACCAGAGUAUACUAGUGGCCAAGGUAACCUCUUUCAAUUUGACAGGCAAGCCCCAGGCCGGAUUUCUACUUCUCCCACUUUGAGGCGACUCAGAAGCAGCACCUCUCAGCUUCCCCCUCAUCAGGACUCUUUGGAAACAUCUAACUGGAAAAACUGGAAGGGGGCCCCGGGUUCUCUGAGCAGAAGUCUUCCCAGAAGCCCCAAGGCUUGCUCGAAGUCUCUGUCAUCCUUGAACCUCAGUUCCAAAGCAGUUCCCCACUUGCAAACAACAAUAGCAUCAUUUGAUUUUAUAAACUCCAAAACCAGUUGGCCAUUUCCAGCAAACAGCCUCAUGGACAAUGAUGCUUGCUCCGGAAUACAGACCAACAAUAUGGCCCACUCCAAUCACACUUCUCUGUCUGGGAAAGAUCAUCCAUCUCAGUCUACAUCUCUGAUCUUUAAUCAGAGGAAUCAGAGCAAAGACAAACAAAAGCAAGCAUUUGACCUGGAAAAUUGCCUUUCCACCAUUAAGAUCACCGACUACAGUGGAUAUGAAUUCUACAGUUUGAAGGAUAAGACCUGGGAAGAAGUUCUGCAAGGACAUCAAAAGCUUCCUGGUGAAACACCAGACUUGAGAAAGCAGCAAGAAGCUGUGUGGGAACUCUUUACCAGUGAAUGCACCUAUUAUUUGGACCACUUGCUAGUUCUUAAGAUGAUCUUUAUGAAUACACUCAAAUGCCUGCAAAGCUACGAAUGCCUCUUGGAUGUGGAUUUAUGGAGACUUUUUGCAAACCUUGAAGAGCUAAGUCAGGUCAGUCUUGGCUUUGUGAGCUGUUUUUUCAGCACCAUCAAGGCCUAUAUAAAUUCGUCUGGCUCUACAUCAUCCAUGGAUUUCAUCUCUGUGCUGUCCAAGUGGUGUGAGAGGCACGACCAGUGCAAACGACUCCACCUCCCUGAACUGCUGGUCACUCCUCUGCACCGCCUGACGAGGUACCCAUUGCUACUGAAGAACAUCUGGAAAAGGAGUACCGAUGCCAAGGAGAAAAUUACCAUCUACUCCCUCAAGGAAAAAGUGGAGAAGGCUAUUCGUGACCUUGAAGGAAAAGUGAAAUGGCUCGACAAUUUUCAGAAGUUUCGGCAUCUCCAGGAAAUCAUCGUGUGGCCUCCGCUUUGGGAUCGAGAUAAAAGGUUCUUUAUACCAGAGUGCUUGAAACACAUUUUUAAGGAACACAUGGCAGAAAGCAUCUUGUCACCAGCCAACAGACACCUCCUCCAUGAAGGGAAGUUGACUCUUGCAGAAAGCACCAGAUUCCUGGAUGUCUAUUUGUUUCUGUUUGAUGACUUCCUAUUAAUUACAAAAACCAAACACAGCAAAAAGAAACUUGGGGGCUCAGACACGGGUUUAGUCUGCCCCACCCUUACCCCUGAGCUACAGGCGAUGAUUAAAGAAGGUGGUUCUUGUACCGUACUUGAUCAACCCAUUCCUUUGGACCGGCUGGUGGUUAAAAGUAUUGACCCAUUCCAUGUAUCAGUCUUUGGGCUAAAAAAUGCUUUCCUUCUACAACACGAAAACCGUUAUCAACAGUGUAUAGCAGCCUUCUUGUUGCAAGCACAAACAGAAGCAGCAAAAAAAACAUGGAUGGCACAAAUAACAAUGGCAGCCUCUUGCUACAUGAAGAGAUACGAGACAAAGAGCUCCUCGCGUACUUUGCCUGCAGAAUCCUCGGAGAUCUAG